AUGGCCCGCACCUGGGGGCCCCUCAUCCUCCUUCUCUUCUUUUCGCUCCUUCGGGGGCCCCCCGCUGCUGCUGCUGCUGCUGCUGCUGCUCCCAUAAAGAGGAAGGCAGUAGUAAUUGAUGCAGGCAGCACCGGCACUCGGGUGUAUGUGUACAACUACAGCUACACCCCGCAGGGCCCCCAGGGGCCCCCCGGGGGCCCCCCUGGGGGGCCCCCCGGGGGCCCCCCCGCGCUGCAGGUGGAACUGCCAGCAGCAGCAACGAAGCGAAUAAGCCCCGGAGUGACAGCUUUUGUGGACAACUUUGACGACUUUGGAGCAGAAGACCUGGAGUUGGAAAAAGAAAAAGAAAAGGAAAAAGAAAAAGAAAAAGAAGAAAAGAAAAAAGUGGCAACAAGUGGAGAGCAGUUUCACAGCGACGCAGCAGAAAGCCGCUCGUUUGGGGUGUACGUACAGCAGCUGCAGCAGUUCGUGUUUGAUGCAGUGCCAGCAGCAGCAGAAAGAGCAGAGACUCUUCUUUUCUUCAGGGGCACCGCGGGGCUGCGCUCGCUGCAGCAGCAGCAGCAGCAGCUGCUGCUGCAUGCAAUCUGCAGCAAACUGAACUUGUGGGGCCUCAAGUUUGUCCCCGGGGCCUCCUGCGGUGUACUGACAGGUCACGAAGAGGGGGCCCUCGGCUGGCUCGCCCUCAACCAGCUCUUGGGGGCCCUCGACCCCCAGUUGCUCAUGGUCACCACUAGCAGCAGCAGCAGCAGCAGCAGCAGCAGCGAGAGCAGCAGCAGCAGCAGCGAGGGCAGCAGCAGCAGCAGCGAGAGCAGCCGCAGCAGCAGCGAUAGCAGCAGCAGCAGCAGCAGCAGCAGAGGGGAGGCAGCAGCAGCAGCAAAUAGGAGAAGCACAGCAGCAAUGAUUGAAAUGGGGGGAGCUUCAGCGCAGGUGGUUUUUGAGCUGCCGCUGUCGCUGCUGCCGGAGGAGCAGCAGCAGCAGAUUUCGGGUGUACGUACACCCGAAGCUGAAGGGGGAAACCCCUUUUUGCUGCCAGUCAAAGGACAUCCAGAUUUAAAACUUCUCAAAUUGCAAAACAAAUAUUUUCUUUUGUUUGCAAAAAGCUACCUCGGGCUCGGGCGGCAGCUAGCGCUGGUAAGAGUUGCUGCGAGGAGUUUAAAAGAACAUUACAAGUCCCAGGCCCUCCAUUUGGAACUCCACCACAAACCCUUUCCAAAUACGAACCCCAAAACCCCCAAACCCCAAACCCUCUCCUUCCCCCCAACCCAGGGGGCCCCAGGGGCCCCCGGGGCCCCCAGAGUCCCCGGGGCCCCCGGGGCCCCCGGGGCUCCGGGGCCCCCCAAAGCCCCAGGGGCCCCAGGGGUCCCUGGAGAUUCAGGGGCCCCUGGGGAUUCAGGGGCCCCGGGGGCCCCCGGGGCCCAGGGGGCCCCCGGGGCCCCUGGGGCCCCUGGGGGCGCUGGGGUGUACGUACAGCUGCCGUCUUCUCCGGAGUACGAAGCGCCUCUGUCUUGCUUUCCAGAAGAUGUCACUUUUACUUUGGACUUGAGCAGCAGCCACUUCGUGAUGGAUGAGUUCAUCCACAGCGACGCAAGUGCGCAGGGCCGCAGCAAAGGGAGCAGCAGCAAGCAGCAGCAGCAGCAGCAGCAGCAGCAGCAGCAGCAGCGGGCGGGGGUGGCGGAGGCACGCGAGCAGCAGCAGAAACAGCAGCAGCAGCAGCAAGAGACGCAGAAUCAGCAGCAGCAGCAGCAGCAAGAGACGCAGAAUCAGCAGCAGCAGCAGCAGCAGCAGCAGGAGGUGGAGGUUGUGGAGAUGUUGAGUUGGGAGUUUGUGACUCGGGAAAUGGAUGAAAUAAAAAUAAAAAACAAUUAA